AUGGAGCGCGAGGAGGACACGCGGGAGAUCCUCCUGCCCAACUGGCAGGGCAGCGGCUCCCACGGCAUCACCAUCGACCAGACCGACCACGGCGUCUUCGUGCGGCGCGUGCAGCAGAACUCGCCCGCCGCGCGCAUGGGCGUCGUCCAGGAAGGGGAUCAGAUCGUCAGCGCCACCGUCUACUUCGACAACCUGCAGUCGGGGGAGGUGGCGCAGCUGCUGCAGAGCAUGGGGCACCACACGGUGGGACUGCGGCUGCAGCGCCGCGGCGACCGCUCGCCGCUGGCCGGGCACAGCUGCGCGCAGCAGGCGCUGGCCCCCGGCAGCCCCGAGGUCGUGCUGAGCGGCGAUGAUGAGGAGUACCGGCGCAUCUACACCACCAAAAUCAAACCGCGGCUGAGGUCCGAGGAGGGGCCGGAGGCCGAGGCCGGGGGGACGCAGAGCAGGACCAUCACGGUCACCCGCAAGGUCACCGCCUACACCGUGGACGUCAACGGCCGCGACGGCGACCUCGGCCCCGACUUCAGCAUCUGCGUCCCCACGCCGGAGCUGGGGGCCAAAUUCCUGGUGGAGAAACUGGAAAAUCCCUCUCGGGCUGGAAGGGCUCCGGCGCCUUCCCGGGGCCACCCCGGAUCGAGGCCAACGGACAGUUCGGAGAGCUGGACGGGCGAUUCCACGUGUCCGGAGAGUCUCCGUGGCCACAGGGAGAAAUCGCCGGCUCCUCGCCAGCUGCGGACGUGGGGAAAAUCAAGAUCCCGGCGUUUAAAAAUCCCCAAGUUCGGGUUCCAGGCCGGCGGCGAAGCUCCGGCCCCGCAGGUGGGCGCAGGGGUGGACGUCAACUGCUCGCCCGCACCGGGAAUUCCGUCCCCGUCCGGCAAAGCCCCGGAGCCGCGGGUGGACGUGGAGGUCAAAGGUGCCACCGAGGUCCCCUCCCUUCCUCCGGACGUCCCCGGCGUGGAGGCCCCGGCCCCGGAUGGCGCCAAGGGGAAAAUCAAAAUCCCGCACUUGACCUUCCCCAAAUUCGCCGCCGCCGAGGUCCCCAAGGGCGCCGCCGUGCCCGAGGUGGCCCUGGAAGGAGAAUGGAAAGGCCCCACCUUCAAGAAGGUGGAAACGCCCCAAAUUUCACUGUCGGACGUGAACCUGAACCUGAAGGGCCCCAGGGUGGAAGGGGAGCUCAAAGGACUCGGCCCCAAGGGGCUCCAGGUGGACGUGGCCGGGCCAGGCGGUGGCCUGAAGGGCGUGGAGAUGGACAUUGAUGUGAAAGGGUCAAAAGGAGCCGUGGACGUGUCCGUGCCGACCGUGGGGGGCGAACUGAGGGGACCUCAGCUGGACCUGAAAGGGCCCCAGGCCGGGGUGGAGGUGCCCGGAGUGGACAUCAGGGGCCCUGCGGUGAAGGUGCCCGAGGUGAGCGUCAAAACCCCCCAGAUCUCCGCGCCCGACGUCGACCUGAACCUCAAAGGGCCCGGGGUGAAGGGAAACCUGGAUGUUUCUGUCCCAAAACUGGAAGGGGAGCUGAAGAGCCCCGGACUGGAGAUCAAAGGCCCCAAAGUCGAGGUCGGGAGCCCAGAAAUGGAGAUCCAGGGGCCCGAGGGCAAACUGAAGUUCCCCAAGCUGAAAAUGCCCAAAUUUGGGGUGAAGGGAGAGAGCCCCAGCGUAGACGUGACCCUUCCCAAAGCGGGCGUGGACGUCUCCGGCCCCAGGGUGGACGUCUCUGGCCCCAGGGUGGACGUCAGCGUCCCAAGCGUGGACAUCAAGGGCCCCAAAGUGGACAUUGAGGCGCCCGACGUCGACAUCCACGGCCCUGAGGGAAAAUUCAAGGUGCCCAAAUUCAAGAUGCCCAAAUUUGGGCUGAAGGGAGAAGGCCCCGAGGUGGACGUGAACCUCCCAAAGGCAGACCUGGACGUGUCCGGCCCCAAGGUGGACGUUGAGGCGCCGAGUUUGGACGUCCAGGGGCCCGAAAUAAACCUCAAGGCCCCCAAAGUCUCCAUGCCCGACGUCGGCCUGACCCUGAACGGUGCCAAGGCUGGCGGCGACCUGGACGUGUCCGUGCCGGGUCUGAGGGGCCCCGGGCUGGACAUCAAAGGCCCCAAAGUCGAGGUGGAAGCUCCGGAUUUGGACGUCCAAGGGCCUGAGGGCAAACUGAAGUUCCCCAAGCUGAAAAUGCCCAAAUUCGGGGUGAAGGGAGAGAGCCCCGACGUCGAGGUGACCCUUCCCAAGGGCAGAGUGGACGUUUCGGGUCCCGGCGUCGCCGUCGAGGUCCCCAAGGUGAAGGUGCCCGAGGUGAGCAUCAAAACCCCCCAGAUCUCCAUGCCCGACAUCGACCUGAACCUCAAAGGGCCCAAAGUCAAGGCGGAUUUGGACGUUUCCACCCCAAAACUGGAAGGGGAGCUGAAAACGCCCGGGCUGGACAUCAAAGGCCCCAAAGUCGAGGUUGAAGCCCCGGAUUUGGACGUCCAAGGGCCCGAGGGCAAACUGAAGUUCCCCAAGCUGAAGAUGCCCAAAUUCAGGG